UUUUGUAAUAAAAAUAUAUUUACAUUAAUAUAAAAUGGUGAAAGAAAUCAAUACUGUAUAACACAAUAGUGUACAUUUUUUUUAAAAAAAAAUUCGUUUUAGUAAGUGUGGUUCAGUUUUUUUGCUUCUUUCGCCAUUCUUCAAAUCCUCCACUAAUCAUCAAAAUUUUAUUUCUAACAAACACUGAUCAAUCUAACAACACAUGACUGAUAUUGCAAAAAAUCCUAAAGGGGUAGGGUAUUAUCCUCCAGAAUAUGAACCUAAAAUUCAUGGGCCAUAUUAUCCAUGGCGUUACUAUGGAAAACCUGAUAUAAAGUUUGGAGAUUUGAAACUUAAGGAAAUUUGGUCAUGGUUGGGACGUCGAUCCUUUUCACCAAGUGCUAUAUAUAAUUGUGGUAGUCGAAAUUUUCAUUAUUAUCAUUAUAAAUGGAUUGAUACUAAAGUAGGCAUUGCUGCACCUGCAUAUCAUUUUGCUGUUAGUGCUAUGCUUUUAUCUUAUGUUUUAUUUUUCAGCAGAUAUUAUUAUGAAAGAAAGCGAAAACAUCACUAAUUGUUUUAUAAAAUGAUAUUUGCAUCAGAAUAAAUAUUGCUUUUAAAAUACUGAUUUUAUUAUUGGUGUAUUAGAUUUAUAAUAAAGGUUGUACAAUGUUUAUUUUUACACUUUAUUUGUGUAUUCCUAAAUUUAAGCUUUCCAACCAAAAAAAAUUAAUAUUU